AUGUCGAAGCCUCAGCAGCCAAUCGUCCUCUCCGACGAAGAAGAAGAAGAAAAUGACCAGAAUGUCCUCUCCUCACCUCCUCCAUUCCAACCAUUCCACUUCUCUAAUAAGAAACGCCGAACCGAACUCUACCCCUACCCAAACCUCAAUACUCAGACUCCGGUUCUCGUCCUUGACGACGACGACGACGACGACGACCCCACCAGACCGACACGGAAGCCACCGGGCCCCACCUCACCCCGCUACUUCGAGGUCCUUGACGAGUCUCCAUGCUCGAAAGCCCCUUCCGACUUCCAAGCUAGCGUUUCAGAUACCCCGCGCAAGUUCUCCGGCAUUAAUGACUUGGUAUUUCUGGAAUCUGAUAAUGAGUCUGAAAGUGGUUCUGGAAGGGAAAGGGGGAAGGAUAACAAAUCAAUUUCUGGUGGUUUUGGUGUGGUGAAGGGCUUAGACUGGAGUUCCAGAUUUGUCAAAUCCACAUCUUCUCUUGGACAUGACUAUCUAGCACAUAUGUCUGAGGACUGUUCUGCGCAACCUGUUUCUUUGCAAGAUGAUUUUGAUAUUAAUCAGGUACUUGAUUAUCCUCCUGACAAAGAAAAUAGAAUGGAUCAGAGGGGCAACAUUGUGAAACAGAGAAGAAAAACUAAAGCUAUUACUGAUAAAAGUAUUAGAGACGAAGCAAUGGGUAGAAGGAAGAUGGCGAAAGAGGAAAGGAGAUGCCUAAUGGAAGAAAAGAAUCUAAAGAAGCAACAAGAGAAGUUGCAAAGAGCAGCUCUGAAAGCUGAAACAGCAGAGAGGAAAAAGUUUCAGAAAGAACAACAAAAGUGGGAAAAAGGAAAGUUUGCUGUGAAAUCCAUAGUGGCUGAGAUUGACCUUAAAGUAGUGGAAUUGGGGUCAGUUGGAGGAAAUCUGCUAUCAAGGUUUGCUGAAAGAGGGAUAACAUACCGUAUAACAUCAAAUCCAAUUGAAAGAUCAAUUGUCUGGACCAUGACUGUUCCAGAACAUAUUUCACAGAGUUCUCCUGAACGAAUAGAGAUUCAAUAUGUAUUGCUCGUGUAUGAAGCUGAAGAAUUUUGUAACCUUGUCAUCAAUGAAUCUCUUUUGGACCAUGUUUUUAGUGUUCGAAGUCGUUAUCCAUCCUAUACAGUGUGUUAUCUUACAAAUAGGGAACAAGAAGUGUACAAGAACCUAACAGAGGAUAAUGAUUGGAGACGCCCGCCUGUUGAGGAGUGCAUAGAUGAGGCUGAACUUGCUGAACACAUUGUUGGUUUGACGUGCAGCCUCUCAUCCUGCCAAUUUAGAAAGAAGUUAACGAGACUGGACGUAAAUGCUAACGGACCUCUUAUGAUUAAGGACUGUGUUGACCGGAAUAUAAUUAAUAAGAGCGCAUGGUUAAAAGCUUUGGUAGCUAUCCCAAAGGUACAGCCACGGUUUGCUAUUGCUAUAUGGAAGAAGUACCCUACCAUGAAAUCUCUGUUGAGUGUUUACAUGGAUCAAAAUAUAUCGGCGCAUUUGGUUUCCCAGGAAGAAGUGAACGGAUUUAUGGCCAUUGACAAGUCACAGAUACAUAUUAUCUUGGAAUACAGUUUUCUAGAACGUCCUGUAGGAAUCUCAAGGGCUUGUUUUGGAGAUGUGAUGGAGGAGCAGCAUCUACAAGACCCAUGGACAGAGUUUCCUUUGCAAACUAGCUUGCGAGGGACGACUGCCCAAAGAUGUCCGACUUUUCCAAUGUGGGGAGAUACUGGGAUCUUGUCAUUGUCACUAUCAUCCUCCCUUUUACCAAACCGGUUUGAAGGGAUUUUGGCCAACUUUAGGAUUAUGGUAUGCCUGUUCUAUGUCACUGUGAACAAAGUUGCUUUGAUUGUUCAUCAAAAGGAAUUUCUGCUGAAGGACUUGAUAACUGAAGGUUUACUUCGUGAUGACAGAAGAAUAGGUGAGGUUUGUUCCAAGAGAGUGUACAGAAUACUUAUGGCACAAAGUGGAUCCAUUAAAACUGAUGAUGUUGAGGAUGGUGCUGAUUUGUUUAGGCUUCAACUGGCUUAA